UAUCUUAUAUUGUGAUUGGCGAUUGCAGUUAAACAGUUGCAACAAACACUGAAGAAGAUGGCUUUAGGUGUGGUUGCUCUUCCCUUCACGUACGUUGUUCAUCUUCUAGGUCUUGUUGCAAUCAUCUUGGUAUUGGUCUGGAACAUUCAUUUCAGGGGUGGCUUGGCUUGGGACUCUUCCAACAAGGCCCUUAUCUUCAAUAUUCAUCCCGUUCUUAUAAUUAUUGGCUUAAUAGUUCUUGGAGGUGAAGCUAUUAUAAGUUACAAAGCUCUUCCCCUGAAAAAGGAGGUGAAGAAAUUGAUACACCUUGUUCUCCACGCCAUUGCAUUAGCACUUGGAAUAAUUGGAAUUUAUACUGCCUUUAAGUAUCAUAAUGAGAGUGGGAUUGCCAAUCUGUACAGCUUGCAUUCAUGGCUUGGAAUUGCUGUUAUUUCCCUUUAUGGCAUUCAGUGGAUAUAUGGGUUUGUGAUCUUUUUCUUCCCUGGUGGGACACAAGACAUUAGACGUUACUCACUUCCUUGGCACGUGCUAUUUGGGCUGUUUGUAUAUGUCUUGGCUGUGGCCACUGCUUCUCUCGGGUUUUUGGAGAAGCUCACUUUCCUGGAGAACUCAGGAUUGGCAAAAUAUGGCUCUGAAGCUUUACUUGUCAACUUCACUGCUGUGAUCACAAUCUUAUUUGGUGCCUUUGUUGUAUUAUCUGCUAUAUCUGAUGCUCCUGCAGCAGCAGAUGACUAUGAACCCAUAUAGAUUUCUAUUUGUAAUCAUACUUGUAUUGAAUAAUAUCAUGUCUGCUAAUGUUUGUACUGGGAGUGGGACGAAGCAAAUAAUCUCUUGUUUAUAUUUUGGGACACAAAAGCUUGUAAAUCAUCAAUGUUAUCCUGAAACGUGAAAUUAGUUAUUGUUUUACAUCAGCACUUUUAAUAUCGACUUAUCUGUUUUUAUCGGUUAUAAAAUGGGUCCAAACGGUGAAAUUAACAACUGACUCCAGCUAGAUUCACAGGGUUGUUUUAAAUUGUUAUAAAUGGAAAUUGUAUUUAC